AUGGUGCUGGAAGGGCUGAAGGCCAAGCUGCGGUGCUGGGGCCGGCAGCUCUGCUACUCCCUGCUCCUGCUGCUCUAUGCGGGGUGGCCCCAGUGCCUCACCCCCCCCCUCCGUUACAGGCUGCUCUUCGGGAUGCUGUACCCUGCCUACGCUUCCUACAAGGCUGUGAAGACCAAAAACAUCCGGGAAUACGCAGACCCUGCGUUUCCCUUCUACUACGAGGUUAAGAUGGCCUUCGUCAUCUGGCUGCUCUCCCCCUACACCCGGGGGGCCAGCCUGCUCUACCGCAAAUUCGUGCACCCCACGCUGUCCCCCAAGGAGAAGAGCCAGGGCGCGCUGGCUGGGCGGCUCCGAAGCUUCAGCAUGCAGGACCUGCGCUCCAUCCCCGAUGAGACCCCCGUGCACUACCGGGACCCCCUCUACCUGGAGGAGCAGGAGAGCCGCAGGCAGCUGCUCG